CAUAACACAUUCAGAGCGCACCAAUCGACCAUUGGCGCGCUUUCAGAGCAGCCAUAAUCAAUGCGGCUCAUGUUGCGAGCGUCCUUUCGGACGCUAGAGCGUUCGAUUAAUCCCUCACUCAUCUCCAAAUCCUCCGCUCGCAUCGCUCCUCCUCCAACCACACCCUCCUUCUUCUCCGCCAUAACAAGGACUACCGCCUCCUCUCACCCGCUCUCUCGCUCCUCCCCUCUUCUAUCUUCUCUCCAAGUCCGAUACGCCUCCCACCAGGCCCAAGGCCGCGCGAACUCGGGCUCUAAGGACUCGCCCGGCAAACGCCUCGGCGCCAAAAAGAGCGGCGAGCAAUACGUCGUGCCCGGAAACAUCAUCUUUCGACAAAGAGGCACAAAAUGGUUUCCCGGUGAGAACUGCGCGAUGGGUCGAGACCACACGAUCUAUGCUACUGAAUCCGGCUACGUGAAAUAUUACCUCGAUCCCGAACUGCACCCGAAACGAAGGUAUAUCGGUGUCUGCUUUGAGCGGGAAGGGAAAUUGCCUACGCCGCGCAAUGCGCCUACAAGACGCCGUUUGAAUAGGAUUGCUGUGCCACGCGUUGAACCAGUUGGGGUUGAGUUGGAUGUUGAUAUGUUUGGUGAGGAUGUGACAGCUGUUGAGGGUGCUGCCGCCGGGGAAGAUAUUCCCAACGCCAAGGCCAACCUGCCAUUGCGCCCUGGAUACAUGUAUCGUGAAGCCAAUUGGCAGAUUGGCCGGGCAGCAGAGAAGGCGGGAAUUACUGCGAAAGAGUUUGAUCGAGAGAAUCGAUGGAUGGCCUGGAGGAAGAGACAGGCUCGUGCUCAACGCGCUGCGCAAAUGAAGAGUUUGAAGGGCAAGAAGAAGUCUUCUAAGAAGGGCAAAGGCAGAUAGAGCUCCCAUACGGACCGGUAUUUUUCUUCGAUCGGGCGUUUUAUUUGAUCUUCUGUAUUGUACAUGUAUAAUUAGGACCGAAUCAGGAGUCAAAUUCCUCACUGCUUUUUUCUUGCUUCUAGAAAUUUACUUUGAAAUAUACAUUACAUAUAUAUCAUCA